UCAAGCUCUAAUCGAGAAUCCUACAUACGCAUUAUUCAAUCAUCUGAAAAACUUGAAUCACUCUUAAUUAUGGCUAUGAGUCUGAAGUACUGUGGGUUGAUCACUCCUUUGGAGAAGGAACUAGACGAAUGGAGGAAGAGAUUACAGCACUCUUUCUCUCCACAACACACUUUGCUAUUUCACCAAUUUGCCGAUAACACUGCUAACAGUUUCGGUUCAUGUUAUGACUAUAAUAAUAUUGCAAGAAACAACAACUACGAAUAUGAGUGCUUCUCAACAGUACUGCAUGGUACUAAGGACGUGCUUAUCCGCAAGGCUAAAACGCAUGAGGGGUCACUUGAACUUCAAAAUCUGAUUAAGAAUGGGAAUCCAAGAGAAAGGCAAGAAGUUCUUGAUGGGGUUAUUGGUAAUUCCAUAUUUGAGGUGAUGACAGAUCCACAUGGCCACCAUCUCUUCCGACGAAUUCUCGAGUUUUGUGAUUCUAGUCAGUUGGACACCAUCUUUCUCGCCUUGAUAUCGCGCAAGGAGUUGCUUAUCAAAAUAUCUCUGGUGCAGUACGGGUCAAGUGCAGUUCAAAGAUUUAUCAAGAGGAUUAAAAACACUGGGUUGGAGCAAUUCGUUGCAAUCAUCCUUUCCAUGAGAUUUGUCGAGUUGAUGACUAGCGAGCAUGGUAGAUUUGUAGUUCAAGAGUGCUUUUACACUUUCGAUGCUAAAGAAAACGAGGUUUUAUUCAAUUCAGCUAUCUCUUACUUAAAAGAGGUGGCAACAACUCAAUAUGGAUGUUCAUCCUUGAAUGUUUGCUUGGGUUGCAUUACUGGUGCUCAAAGACAACUAUUGCUCAAAAGUAUUGCAGAAAAAUCUGAUUUCUUAGCCAAUGAUCCUUAUGGGAAUUAUGUUGUCCAGGAAGUUCUAAUGCUUAGAAACGAUGAGAUCACACAAAAAAUAUGUGACCGCCUCAAGAGGGAUUACCUACGCUUAUCUUUUAAAAGAAGUGGAAGUCGUGUUGUUGAAAAAUGCAUACAAGCUUCAGAGUAUGGACUGGAUUCGGUAGUUGAGACUCUUCUUAAUAGUGAAAAGAGCUUAGCGCUACUUGCUCGUGAUCGCUUCGGAAAUUAUGUUAUCCAAACUGCUCUUCAGACCGCAAAGGCAAGUAAUAUCAAGCAUUAUGAAUCUCUUGUUACUGUCCUUAAGGCGCAACGCUCGGCUCUUCCUUAUAUCAAACUUGGGAAGCAUAUAUUGAAUCACUUGGAAGAUGUGGAAAACAAUACGGAAAAUGUGUGAUCUGUUUUUUCAUCAGUUCGUACUUAUUGAAAUACAAUGUGGAAAAUGUGUGACUGAUUUGUAAUCAAUUGAAAUGCAAGCCCAAAAACUAUGUUUGUAAAAUAUUUACUAAUAUUAUUAAAUAGAAUAUGCAGUUUUAUUAGUUUAAGUAUGCACGUUUAUGGAUAUGCGUUAUGGAGAUGAGUAAAAAUGUAAAACCAAUAGCUUCUCGAUCCUGCUAUACUUCCUUUUC